GUUAGAUAAUGCUAAAAUAGUUAGUAAAAUUGCGUUGACAUUUGAAAGGAAAUAAGCUCUGCAGUGGCCAGUUACAGGUCUGAUGUUUGUCGUAUUAUCAUGAUGAUCCUGGUUGUGGCAUUUGAUUUUAUACAGUAGUUAUGUUUGCAACAGUUUCCAGUUUAUCACUUCAUAUUUGUGGAUGAAAAUGUAAUGCCUUUGAAAUAUAUUCUACAAAAAAUAAUUAUAACAAUCAGCUGUUGACCUGUGGUCUGUUGGUACAGUAGAAUCAAGUAUCAUUGUUAAGAUGCAAUAUCAUUUGGCUGCUUCCUAAAACCCAUUUUGUUGUUUCUGCUGAUCUGUCGGAGGCCAAAAUGAUUUUGCGUUUUGAGCUUUAAAUAAUCAGUAGUAAACUCUGAGGUUAAAAUAGAACAGAUGCUUUUAUAGACCUAUUGCACUUGUCUUGGACCAGCUUUCCUGGGUAAGGUUCAGUGGUCCAUAGGGUUUAGUGAAAUUAGCCAUAUCAAAACGUGAGUCAGGUCAGACAAAUGCUAGCUAGCUCCUUCAUUUUUUUUUUUAAAUUGGAAAGCUCAAUUACAAAUUGCAGCUUGCUUGGACCAGCAGUUCAGAUGUUAGAGGGUCACAGUUUUAGGUUUUGAGCAGAUUCACUGACAUUCAAAAUGCUAUAUCUCAGGUUCCAUUGGAGAUAGGUAGGAUGUCAUUUUGUUGGAAAUUGCUUGGUCAAUCGAGUUAUUAAAAUUAAAAGUCAGUGACCUUUAACCGUGACGUUUGACCCUGGAAAUACCAAAAUUCCCAACCUGACAAAAAGCAGAGCAGAUCGAGAUCAAACCCAUUUCAAAUUGAGACUGCCCGCCGCAGAUUGGAUUGCAGGCUGGCACAAGUUGGAUUGGAGGUUAUUAUGGCAAUGACUGGAGGGACCACAACAUCCUUUCCCAUGAGCAAUCACACCCGUGAGAGGGUGACUGUGGCCAAGCUGACUCUUGAAAACUUCUACAGCACUCUCAUUACACAGCACGAAGAGAGAGAAAUGAGGCAGAAAAAACUAGAAAAGGUAAUGGAUGAAGAAGGGCUCAUAGAUGAAGAGAAAAAGAUGAGGAGAUCUCAGCAUGCGCUGAAAGAGACAGAAUUUCUGCGGCUCAAGAGGACCAGACUUGGCCUUGAUGACUUCGAGUCGUUGAAAAUCAUUGGAAGAGGCGCUUUUGGAGAGGUACGGCUAGUUCAGAAGAAAGAUACCGGACAUAUCUACGCCAUGAAGAUCUUGAGAAAAGCAGACAUGCUGGAAAAGGAGCAGGUUGCUCAUAUUCGUGCUGAGAGAGAUAUGCUUGUGGAGGCUGAUGGUGCUUGGGUUGUGAAGAUGUUCUACAGUUUUCAAGACAAGAGAAAUCUAUAUUUGAUUAUGGAGUUCCUUCCAGGAGGUGAUAUGAUGACACUGCUCAUGAAGAAAGACACUUUGACAGAAGAGGAAACUCAGUUUUAUAUAGCGGAGACUGUGCUGGCCAUAGACUCCAUUCACCAGCUGGGGUUCAUUCACAGAGACAUUAAACCAGACAACCUCCUGCUGGAUUCCAGGGGGCAUGUUAAGCUGUCAGACUUUGGUUUAUGCACAGGGCUGAAAAAAGCACACAGAACAGAGUUCUACAGGAAUUUAACCCACAAUCCACCCAGUGAUUUCAGAGAUCUACUUCCUACAGCCUUUCAAAACAUGAAUUCAAAAAGGAAAGCAGAGACAUGGAAAAAAAAUAGACGGCAAUUGGCAUACUCUACAGUAGGAACCCCAGAUUAUAUUGCACCUGAGGUGUUCGUGCAGACUGGGUAUAACAAACUCUGUGACUGGUGGUCUCUGGGGGUUAUAAUGUAUGAAAUGUUAAUAGGCUAUCCUCCAUUCUGUUCAGAAACUCCACAAGAAACAUACAGAAAGGUUAUGAACUGGAAAGAGACUCUUGUUUUCCCUCCUGAAGUACCCAUUUCAGAAAAAGCAAAAGACUUGAUUUUAAGGUAUUGUAGUGAUGCAGAGGACAGAGUGGGUGCUGUAAGUGUAGAGGAAAUCAAGAGUCAUCCAUUUUUUGAACCAGUAGACUGGGAUCAUAUAAGAGAGAGGCCAGCAGCUAUUUCAAUCGAAAUAAAAAGCAUUGAUGACACAUCAAACUUUGAUGAAUUCCCAGAAUCGGACAUCCUCCAGCCAAUUUCAGUGACAAAUGCAACAGAACAGGACUACAAAUCAAAGGACUGGGUCUUCCUCAACUAUACCUACAAGAGGUUUGAAGGACUCACACAAAGAGGCUCCAUUCCCUCUUAUAUGAAAGCUGGAAAGUUGUGAAAAACAUCAGGGAUUGAGACUUUUUGAACAGCUUAGUGCCUGGGCAACUCGGCACUUCUCAAUACUGAUACACUGAAAGACUCCUGCAGACUAUAUGGUGCAUAUCAAUGUAAACAUGAAAUUCUACAGGAUUAGGGUUUCACUGACUACUGAAGAGGCUCUUUUAUUUUGGGUUGGCAGGGCCAGCGGCCAUCUUGCCAAAGUUGUUUUGCUUAUCUUGUUUGUUCUUUGUACUGCCAUAUAAAGGUACUAGGGUAACUGUAAACUUUGUGUGUAUUUUACACAUGUUUGAGUACAGAUUUUGUGUGAGGAUUGAGGCUUCAUUGCUGGAUACAGUGUGUGUGUGUGUGUGUGUGUGUGUGUCUCUCUCUUUCUCUCUCUCCUAAACAAAUGAUAUACAGCUCUUAAUCGACACCUGUGUAAAAAAGAAGCCAUAUUACAUAACCGUAUAGCUGAGAGCUCAGAUUGGACAUGGAUGCUUUACAGUUCCUGAAGAUGGAGUGACCUCACAGGCUAAGCUGUGGACAUUGUAUGGAAACUCUGGGCUUGAUUGCCAAGGAAACCCAUCCCCCUCUUGUAAUACAAAUGAGGGGUGGGAACAGUUUUUGCAUGCAAAAGGGAAACUAUUGACUGCUGUAAUAAAGAACUGAGUUACAGUUUUUAAAUUGCA